AUGGCGUCGUUUUACCUUAGUAUUUUAUUUAUUAGUUGCUGUACAUUUUCGGUGCGAGAGAUUUUUGCUAAGAAAACUGACAAUUAUGGUCCUUAUGUAGCGAAAUGGAAAGACUACGGUACAUGUAAGGGUCCAAAACCGGUUAAUUCGUCAAGUUAUUCCACGUGUCUCCUCGUAGAAAAAAACUCUUAUAUAGGCAUUAUGAAUUUCACCUUUAAUACAUCUGUUGCUCUCGAACAGGUCAGAAUAAAAGUUUACAGCAUUAAAGCGGACAGUAAGACUCUUUUGUGGAACCACAGAAUGGAUAAGCCCUGUCAGCAUAUCGUUAUGGCGGAAAUAUUAAAGUCAAUGUUCGGAAUCAACGACUGUAUUUUAAAGGGCAGUUACUACUGGAGGAUCGAUUUCACAGACUGCACGUACAAAUAUUUGGGCACAUCCUUUUUCUACGGGGAGUAUGUGUUCAAGUUGGCCGUGAUGUCGAAGAAAGGGAAUAUUGCUUGUCUAUUUUAUAACCCUGUGUUCAUGAAGAAGGAUUAAAAACUCAGCC